AUGCCGCCGCAAGAUGACAAGAGACAGGCGGCCAGAGAAGUCAUCGACAUCCUGCAUGAGAUCUCGACCCUGCUGAACACUCAUCUGGACCGGACGGAGCUUUCUCUCUGCGUCUCGCUGAUAGAGAACGGAGUCAACCCGGAAGCGCUGGCAAAUGUGAUCAAGGAGCUCAGGAGAGUCGAUGCGGACGAUGAGCGGUAG